GCGGAUUCUCUCAUAAUCCCUUUUUAAAUAUCAAAAAUUAUCUUUGAUCAAGUCAGUCUCGCCAGCUAUCACCCCACUGGGCACUUUCGCACUCGCAAUCUAAAUUCACGUCGCCAUUUCAUUUGGAUUCCCAUUACAGCAUCGUGGUUAGCAACAUAGCCAUUCUGUUACAACGACAGCAGAUACUCUUAUCUUUUGUCGACUCGCUGUCACAGCAAGCUCUUGUUGCCAAUUCUGCAGCACCGCCGUGUUUUCUGUCGCAGAUUUUUAAACGUUUCUUUUCAUCUGUUGAAGCAGAAUCUACUAUCAACCUCGCCAAAGACAACUCCUGGGUAUACUGGCAUCCCAACCUCCUUCUUUAACACUGUUAUAAUACGACCACCGUCAAUAACAGCAUCUUCUUCCAUAAUGUCUGCCCAUGUUCCAGUAGUUCCUAUAGACUAUAACCGCUGGUUCAAAAACCAGCAAUACGGCCCGGGAGCCUAUCCCGCCAUCGAUACCCUGACUUUUCUUUGCCGUCAGGAUGCAGCAAUCUAUAAUGCGAGAAUACGGUUUCAAGAAGAAACCAUGAGAGUUCAUGAGACCGUUGCACCAACAACAGCAACAGCCUACGACAUCACCGAUCUCAGUCGCCAUGUCAUUGGCUAUUGGGAAAUGAUGCUUAGCGUAGCAAAAGCGGAUCCUGUCUGGGCGGCCAGUUACGGAGGCACCAAUACGCCGCGCUCCUUCAAUAGUAGUUGGAGUCGCGCGAAGCAGCACAUCAGGGAGCUUAUUAUUAAGAAUCAGCGUGCCGCAGAUCAGGCUGCUGCUGAUGCGGCUGAUGAUAUUUGGGAGGUUGAUUAUGAAGGGGAAGAGGGUAGCGAUCAAGAGAUUGAUGACAGCAUUGUUGUUGCGGAGAACAACGAUGACGGAGAAGAGGGCACUGACGAAGAAAUGGAAGAAGAUAAUGAAGGGGAAGAAGAUAGCGAUGAAGAAAUGAAUGAAGAUGGUCAAGGAGAAGAAUGUAGUGAUGAAGGAGAAGAAAAUAGCAAUGAAGAAACUGAUGACAACGAUGAAGAAGAAUUGGGCUUUUACGAAGGAUGAUACGAGUUCUUUUUGUGGGAUAAUAUAUAGUCUCGAUUCCUCUUGUUUAUACUUGUUUUCAUAACUUUCCAAAAAGCAAAUAUAUACCACUCUAAACUCGGAAUCGAGUACUUCCUGAAUUGUACUUUCGAUUACUGAUUUGAGUUGCCAGAAUCUGAACAUCCUUUGAGAAUUUGUGUAGUUGCGUAUGCCUCGACGAUGGGUUUUA